UGGGUGAAAACAAUCGCGCACAGCAAAGCAAAAUUUCAGUUGUACUCUGACGAGGCAUCAACGUCGUGUGUUGAAGAGUGUGUUGUGGCCACUGAGGAGCUGCGGACAUUAGGUGAAAUAGUUCGAAGUGAAAUCGGUGUCGCAUCGGAAACGUUGACGCGGAUUGACGAUCAGUUGACGCAGUUGUCGUCGUUAUUCAGAAAUAUCGAUCAGUUAGCUGAAUUCAUCGUUGAGGUAUAG